AUGUUGGCCAUUAGUGUACUACUAAUAUCAACAGUGCUAUCACUGGUCGGUGGACAGGACGGUAACAAACAGGAACCGUUGAAUAUGGAUGACGACCAACUCAUUGAAAUGGUCGACAAAACUGUCAAACAAAUGUUUACUGUUAAAGUUGAUUAUGCAGUGGAAGAGAUCAAUGAGGCCAUGAAAAUGACAGGAAUGGACAUCGAUUAUAUGGUACGGGUUAUCAUAUCCAUCAUUACUAAUGCCAAUUGUAACGACGAUAACGGAUGUGAAAGACAAAUCAAUUGUCUUUUGGAGAUCAAAAAGUCAGAUCUUAAGCUCGAGAGAUACGGUUGUACUCCAAUGGUUGACAAAAUUACCAGAAAUAGGAAAUACAAACAUAAACUUCGAUCAAAACGAAGGAAAUUGAAAACACAGAAACGUGUGAAACAACCGGCAGUUUACUAA